AUGUCUACCCGUAAGCGACAAGCCGAGGAGGAGCUCGUGGCUCUCCCUUCUGACGAGUCUGACGAGGAGGAAGAAUAUGAUUCCGAAGGCUCGGAGAACUACGACGAGGAAGAGGACGAAGAAGAAGAGGAUGAGGAAGAGGACGAGGUCGUAGAAGAGCAACCAAAAUCUAAAGCUCCUCAGCCCAAGAAGCGCAAAGUCGAACGCGAGGGUCCGGCUCCUGACGAUGAGAAGCCCACUGCCGGAUCCGACGCCGAAGAUGGCGGUCCAGAUGCGUCGGAAGAAGACGAAGAAGCCUCUGAUGACGCUGACGAUGCAGCCGAGGCGACGGCGAAGAAAGGUGGGCCAGCGGCUGCAGCUGCAAAGGCCAAGGGCGGCGAUGUGCCACAAGAGGAUGAUCUAGAGGAGGUCGAUGGGGAUGAGGAUUAA